AUGUCCACUAGACCAUUCUGGCCUGGCGGAAAUACGCCCAGCUUAUACCCCUCCGAAACUUCAGAGAGGCCUGCUGCCACAGUUCUUUGGGAUUAUCAGAAUUGCAUCCCACUCCUUCGAACUCCCAGCUGGGACAGACCUGUCACUCUUAUAACCCCUGUCGUGGUGCCCCCGGCUGGUAAUGAUCCCGCUGAUAAUCGGGAUCCUUUUGAGAUAUUCGGCCAGUCGCUUUCUAGUCGAGAUAUUCCCAUACGGCAUGUUCCAUACACCAAAAACCAGUGUAUUACUGGUGUCCAUGUGGCAUUCAUCAGAAGAGCAGAGGUCGUUAUCUUUGUGAUUACUCAUUUAGACGGCCCUGGGUUCCCGCUCCAGCUGGGAUGUGCUGAGCUUGUGGCACAGAUAUGCGAAUCACGACCUCUCAUAAUCCUUGCUUGCUGUCCUGUUGCCGGCCACAACAUUCCUAAUGCCUAUUUUCGGACGCUGGUACAUGUCGCUGGAUAUGCCAACCCUGAGCUACUGAUUGCAGCCAAUUUGUUUCUUGAUGGCGGGGCGGGCUUGACAGCGCCAUACGCGAACAUGUCUGUACAGAACCAAGUAUUGGAUACCGAAUCUGCAUGGCCAGUACGGCCCUGGGUCGGAGAACGAGAUCUAUUGGAAACAUGCGCGCUCUGGCAAGAAUGCCUUCCUUACCCAUUCCAUCUCAACCCAGCGACUCUAGAGUCUCUCUUGAAGAGAGAUGGCUACGCAUUGCACUACGUUGUGCGAGAUCCGGUUAAUGGAUCCUUGGUCGGAUUUUGUGCGGCAUAUGCUACUUUCGCAGACAGCUUCGAUGUUGCUCUGGUGGGCUCUAUUGCCGCCGUCAUUGUGCACACCGCCUAUAGAGGACGAGGAAUUGGCUCAGCACUCUAUAAGGCCGCCAUGAGCCGGCUCCAGAGAGUUCGAGGUGUGCGAAGAUUGCACCUGGGGUCGACAUUUCCUCGACUGCUCUGCGGCGUGCCGGCCGAGAUGGAUUAUGUGGACCAGUGGUUUGAGAGAAAAGGUUGGCCUGUCAGCACGCAAGGGCACGAAGGCCAGGGUGGCCUUGUCGCAGACUGGAUUCUUCGGUUCACAGACUUACCAAGCAUGACAGUUUAUUCCACUGGCCUGGGAUUCAGGCAGUGCGUCGAUUCCGAUGCCGAGCAAGUGCUGAGUAUCGAGCAUCGCCAGCCUGCGACAAGUACUCACAGCCAUGGCUGGUAUGAUUUGUAUGCGCAGACAUUGAGACAAGGGUAUAUAGGCGAUGUUAUUGUUGCAUAUGAGAACGAUACAAUAGUGGCUACUGCUAUUAUAUACACGCCUGGCGAACAGAGUCCCGCGGCAGUUGAUAUACCCUGGCCGGCAACAUUGAGCAGCAGUAUUGGUGGAGCAACUUGCAUAUGCAUCAAAGAUGCCAAUAAUUCACGAGAGAUAAUUCUCACUGAACUCAUAUUUGCUUGCUCUCGUGCGCUGAGCCAACGGGGCAUGACAGGCAUGUUCCUGGACGCAGUGUCUGCCGGACAGCGAGAGAUCAUUCCACUAGGUUUUCAAAAGUGGAUGCAGUACAAGGAUGUAUGGAGAGAGAUGUCGACUACUUAG